AUGGAUGACAAACAAAACAAACCUUUCGUCGACACUCCAUCUUCUGUGGGCGACAUUGAACCUUCGGUGUCCCAAAUUCCUGAGCGAACAAUACCACUCAGUGUUAGACCUGACACGGAUUCAAUCGCACAUGCUCACACCUCUAUUCAUCACACUCAUUCCGACUCAUUACUACAUGCGUCCCACUACGACCUCCAGAGCCCCAUGCAGACUAUUCACCCUAGCGCCCUGAGCGUCGGGAACGCCGAGGAAGUUCCACCCGGAUCAGUCUGCCUUGGGCCAUCCGAGUUUGCCAUUACGCUGCCCCUGGAUUCGCGUUUGAAAGAUGAGUAUGACCGAGUAUUGGGAGGCGCCUCCGAAGAAAUGCGCCAGUUUCUUGUGAUGUCCAACCCAGCUUCGCAGAUCUCUGAUGCUGAUCGAGAAUAUUUGAUUUCGCGGAUGCAAGAAGUUACUACUCGAUUAAACAACGUCACUAUUCACCCAGAUCUCAACAUAUCCCAUCACUUGACCUUCAAUGACUCGAAGAUUGAAAAUGAGGCCUCUUGGGCCGAGUAUUCGAGCUCAAAGUUUUAUUUCCUCGGUCACUUGGUGGAGGUGGCGAGUCAAGAUGAUCUUCAUUUAAUCCUAGAAGUUCGCAGCGAGAUGAAGCAAAAGCUAGUCGAGCGAUAUUUGCUCGGUAAAGGAUUCACCUACACUCGGCCCCGCGAGGAGAUGGGUGGUAACGUCGAGAUUUCUUUGGUGAAGGAUUCGCUGAGUUUCGGAAUCCAUUCCCACGAUGGUGUGCGAGACCUCAUCAAGUCACCGUCCGCUAUUAUCGUUCUAGACACGGCAUUUGAACCAAAGAGUCCUAACGUGCAACACAUUCGGACAACAUACACACGCAACAAUGACCUCCUACCGGUCAUUUGGCUCCUUGUAUCCAACACUUGCGAACACAUCGAACGUUGUCUUCCGGAAUUGUCUGAGCCUGAUCGUCUACGGUUGCUUUUACAAUACACAGCCCAUCUCCAUGAUGAUGUCGGCGAUCUUCAAGACAAUGCAUUGGGCGUGUACGAGGAUGUGGAUGAAGUUCUCGUUUAUUUGCGAGAUACUUUGACUAGCUGGCCUUUACCUAUCAUCGACCAUUUACCGGACCUGGAGUCUUCAACCCCAUCAACCGACGACCAAGCGCCAACUGCCCAAAAGCGUUCACUGGACGAAGAUAGCGAGGAUUAUUCCUCAAAACGCACACGGCUCGAUGAAGUGAGCCAACUGACCGAAUCCACCAAACCCCCAACGCAAACUUUGGGUCGAGACCUCCAGUCCUUGGAGAAACACAUCAUUCAAAUGCAAAAUGCGCAUGCCUCAGAGAAAGAGCAAAUACUGUCUGACCUCUCACGGGUGUCCAUACAAGCCCAGAUGCUUGAGAAGACCUUGAGUCUCUUGCAACACCGCUAUGAAAAUCGAACCAAUGAGCUGCAUAAGGUUCGCCAGGAGCGGGAUAACGGGGCCGAGGGCAAGGCCUCUCUUGAACAGCGCAUCGAGAGACAAAAGGAAGACAUUUCAAAGCUCAAAGAAGAUCGUACGAACCUGCGGCGCGAAUUGGAGGAGUCUCGGCAGGAACUCAAAUCGGGUGGUGGCACCUUGGCCGAGCUCGAAACAGCGCGGGAAGAGAUUCGUCGCUUAACCAAAGAAGCAGUCAAUCUCGAGCGCAAGGCUGAUUACGAACGCAAUCAAGCAGAAUACACCCGAGAGCAGUAUCAAAACGCGUCUACGGCAGCAGCCCAGUCUGGAAAUGAGUUACGACAGCUGCAAACCGAAAACGAGAACUUGACGCGCAAGGUUAACGCAAAUGCUGCACAGCUCCGUGAGCUUAAUUUGAAAAACGACUCUGAGAUUCAUCUUGCUAGAAUCAGCGAGUUGGAGUUGACCCUAGCUACCAGGGAUGAAUUUCUGCACAGAAAAGAGGAGGAACUGCGAGAUAUUCGCAAAAAUCGCCCAUCCACUCGCUCGACCAGCACCCAACCUCGAAGCCCUAAGAUCACAGCCAGCAGCCGUCCUACUAGUCCCGGUGUCGGCUACAAUGGAAAUGGAAAUGGCAAUGGCAAUGGCUUAGCAGGUCGUGGUACAAGUGCCCUCAGAUUUUCGGAGAUGCAAUUUUGA